GUGGAUGUGGAGCCAAGCUUACCCCGCUAUGUGGCUGCGGCCGGCGGACUACACGGCUGUCAGUCGGGCCAGCGGUUAGCCAGCCGGUAGGGGCUCCUCGUUUCGGGAAUGUCUUGAGCCACUCAGUCCCCGCAACGCUAGCCGGACAAGAGCCCCUCUUGUAGGAUUAACUAUUUUCUGUCGGUCCUCUCGGAGAGCUAGAGAAGCCCGGAUCAAUUGUCCGCUCCCCAAGAGAGACAGAGACACUGGAAAUGACCGAGAGAAAAGCAUGGUGCCUUAGGCUUCUACCAGUUAUCUUCUUCUUCAUCUCCUUUGUCACCUACUAUUGUUCCUAUGCCAUCAUUCAGAGCUACGCAGGCACCAGCAAGUCUGUCAACAGCAGCAAGUCUCUGUGCGGCGGCUGGCUGACGCAGAAGAAGUGGGAGAGCCUAGACUUCAAGAUUAGCAGACAGACGCAGCUCUUUCUAAAACUGGAUGAUUUCUUCUGGCGGAAACAUAUGUCAAACCUGGCGCUACCUUAUGGCAUAAAGGGCAGUGAGCCGCAGCUACUGAAAGUUCUUGCAAAAACAAAUUAUCAGGUGCUGGCCAGCAUAGACACCCUGGAAUGCAGAACCUGUGUCGUCAUAGGCAACGGCUUCGCCAUUAAAAACACUUCCUUAGGAGGCAUCAUUAACAAAUACGAUGUGGUCAUUCGGUUGAACGACUCUCCCGUGAGGGGGUACGAGGAAGACGUCGGCAACAAGACCACCAUGAGGUUCUUCUACCCUGAGUCGGCCUCCUUCAAUCCAGGCUUGAACAACGAGCCCGGCACCCUGAUGGUCUUCGUGCCUUUUAAGCAACAAGAUUUGCGGUGGCUGAAGGAGAUCCUCUACAAUGAGAAGAGGAUCAGGAAAGGCUUCUGGAAGCCCCCUCCCCAAAUCUGGCUGGGUGACGUCGGUCAAAUCCGGGUGCUGGACCCGCACUUUUUGCACCAGACAGCGGAGAAGCUGCUCCGGAUCCCCCUGAACCCCAAGAGCAAACAGAACCCGGUGCAUCCCACCACAGGCAUCCUCGCCAUCUUCGUUGCCCUCAACUACUGCGACGUGGUCCACAUAGCAGGCUUUGGCUACCCAAACUCCAAGAACAUCAAGCACCCCAUCCAUUACUAUGGCUAUGACACCAUGAAAUCCAUGAAGGGCUCUAAUCAUGACCUCAAUCGUGAAGCGGAAGCCUUAAAAAGACUGGAGGACUCAGGUGCCAUCUUGUACUUGCACCCACAUUCAUGAUGGUUUUUCCACGUUUUUAACUGAGGUCAUGAAGCAGCCAAGUGCAGGCAGGCAAAAAAAAAAAAGAGACCUUUCCACUUUAAAAGCAAUGUCCUGCACUCUUAUCUUUUUCUAUGCAUCAAACUGUUCUCUCAAUCACGCUUUAAUUGCAUUCUAACUACAAAAAUCGGAUAAACAGACCACACAACACACUCCAAAAUAUUCCAAACCUGGCUUGCUAGUACUUUUGCAUUUCUUAUUUAUUGAGUUUUUUCAAAAGCAAACUGGUGAUACUGGUAUCACUGGAUGUUUCUGUUGUACAGAAUGAAAAACGUUUUUAAAAUAAUAAUAAAAAAAGUUAACUUUUUUUGUGCA